CGGGCGAGCAGGGGCGACGGCGCGGGCUCGUCUCCCCGGCUCAAGGCGAGCGAGCCGCCGCCUGUACGCCCGGCUGCUGGGCAGGGCGAAAGACAGACAAACUAAACGCCGCACAGCCCCUCAGUCUCUGCGCCCACCUGGUUUGAUUUUAUUUUAAUUUUUCUUUUUUUCUGCCGUAAUUAUUUCGGGGCGAGGGGAGAAAAACCCCGAACAUCGCCGUGUUUUUGGCAAUUCUUGCCGCGUGAGGAGUUGUUUCCCCGCACACCCCUGACAAACAAAGGAAAAGGGGGAGGGGGCCCGCGUUUCGCAGAAGACAUGCGUUCCAUCAGGAAGAGGUGGACUGUGUGCACCAUAAGUCUCCUCCUCAUCUUCUAUAAGACGAAGGAAAUAGCGCGGACCGAGGAGCGCCAGGAGGCACCUCUCACUGGAGACGGUGAACUGAGUUUGAGUAGAUCAAUGAUCAAUAGCUCUGAUAAGAUAAUUCGAAAGGGUGGCUCCUCAAUCUUCCAGCAUGCUGUAGAAGGUUGGAAAAUCAAUUCUUCUUUGGUAAUGGAAAUCAGAAAGAACAUUCUUCAAUUCUUGGAUGCUGAAAGAGAUGUCUCAGUGGUCAAAAGCAGCUUCAAACCAGGAGAUGUAAUUCAUUAUGUACUGGACAGGCGUCGCACCCUAAACAUCUCUCAGGAUUUGCACAGCCUUCUCCCUGAAGUUUCCCCAAUGAAGAAUCGCCGAUUUAAAACAUGUGCAGUUGUUGGAAAUUCUGGUAUCCUUCUGAAGAGUGGCUGUGGAAAAGAGAUUGAUAGCCAUGACUUUGUAAUAAGGUGCAAUCUAGCUCCUGUGGUGGAGUUUGCUGCCGAUGUGGGAACUAAAUCUGAUUUUAUUACCAUGAACCCAUCAGUUGUACAAAGAGCAUUUGGAGGCUUUCGGAAUGAGAGUGACAGAGAAAAAUUUGUCCAUAGACUAUCCAUGCUGAAUGACAGUGUCCUUUGGAUCCCAGCUUUCAUGGUCAAAGGCGGAGAGAAGCAUGUGGAAUGGGUUAAUGCAUUAAUCCUUAAGAAUAAAUUGAAAGUGCGAACUGCCUAUCCAUCACUGAGACUUAUUCAUGCUGUCAGAGGCUAUUGGCUGACAAACAAGGUCCACAUUAAACGACCCAGCACUGGUCUCCUCAUGUAUACGCUUGCCACCAGAUUUUGUGAUGAAAUUCAUCUGUAUGGAUUUUGGCCGUUCCCAAAGGAUUUACGUGGAAAACCAGUCAAAUAUCAUUAUUAUGAUGACCUGAAAUAUCGGUACUUUUCUAAUGCCAGUCCUCAUAGGAUGCCAUUAGAGUUUAAAACGUUGUACGUAUUACAUAAUAGAGGAGCACUUAAAUUAACAACAGGGAAAUGCAUACAGCAAUAAAGCACAUGCAAAGUACAAUAAAUACAGAAUACACACUUCAUCAUAAAGAUGUUGUGGAAUGGCAAUGGGACCAGAGUGGGGAUUUGUUUCAAUACCCACAAAGCCAUUGGAAAAAGGAAUUUUAUCAGAAGUGCAUAACCAGCUAUUAUACCUGUAAAGUGCUAUGUAACUAAGCUAUCUUGACUGCAAGGGUUCAAGUAAGUGCCACUUUCACUAAGAACAAAGCUUGAAUGUAUAUUCAGUAGUGUUUACAGGAUUCAGUGACACAUUCAUCAUGAAUUGAAGAAGAAAAAUAGAGCCUGCUGAUUUACAACUAUGGUCAGACAGUCCACAGAAGAAAUACCCAGUGGACGGACUGUUUUCUUGAGCAGAUAAACCAGGCUUUGGCAGAAAAGAUCGUGUGGAUCUGAGUAGAGAAAGUGAAGUCUGGAAGAUCAAACAAAUCAGUAAAUGCCUUCAGUCAGAGAACUGUUUCUGAUCUUGUAUUAUAAACUCAGCUUUUGUUGCUGUUUUUCUUAUUGCUGUUGGUUGGGGUUUUUUUGCUUUUAAGUAUUGGAUCCUUUAAAGGAUGUUAAAGAUGUUAUAAUUAACUGAAGUAUAUCUGUUGGGAAUUGUCUAAAGGAAAAAAGAUUCAUAGGCAUGAGAGGGUGGAGGGGAACAUCAAAUAUUUUAUCUAGUGUUAUUGUGUUGUAUCCGGCUGUCACACAACCCUUAACAUCCCAAGUGUUUUUCUAGCUACUGCGAUCAGUACUCACUACACUGAACCCCUCAGAGAUCAUUUUGAUCCAUUUUUAAAGAGGAAUUUUUCUCUUGUGUACAGAUUUGAAGACAUACAAGAAGGUGCCCUUAUUUUUGGUGCCAAAGAUUACUCGUAUACACAUUUUUCCUUACCUUGAAGAAAUUAUGUAGAUCAUAGAAUUAGAUUUAGUCUUAUGUUUCUUUGCUGAUCAAGGGAACAUAGUCUUAUUUACAUUUUUAAGCAUCUGAAGGCAAAGCCUCUUUAAUGACUUCUCAUAUAGAAUUCUUCAGAAAAAUCUGCAGAAGUAAAGAAGUUAUUUCAUCCAUUCAAAUAGAUAUGUGUAAAUACACACAAUUUUAUUCCUAGUAGAAAGGAAAACACAGUCUAAAGAAACUCAGGUGACAGGGGAAAAAAUCUAAAGGAAAAAAAACACCUAGCCAAUUAAAUGGAAAAUAAAAGAACUGCAGAUAACACAGUUCUUUUAAAACCUAAAUUUCUAAUGCUGUUGGAUGAUCUCUUUAUCUAAUAUACCUCUUUUGUAUCCACUUGAUGUUCUGAUAUGUAAUUGACUGAAAUAACACAGAGCUGCAUUAUCUCACAGUCUUUUUUUAAUAAUUGUUGUUUAUCCACAAAACCAAGAGUUCUUUCACUUCCUUCACUUUUACUUCCUUUUAUUUCAAAGGAAAAAAAAAAGAGAACAAGAAAUUAGAGGAGGGUAGGAAAGGGUGGAGUACCAGUACAACAUACACUAAGAAACAAAACCUGGCUGCCUAUGCUAUGUCUUAGUGCUAAAGGAGCACAUAAAAUGGAUAACGCCAUGGUUCCAUGUCUUUCAUGUUAUGCUUGGCUAAAGAGGAGGCAUGCAGAUACAAUGUAUGGGUAUUUUCUUGUUAUACUUUCAUCUCUAUGUUAGGUCCUCCUCUCCAAAUAUGAUAUUAUACUGAAUUUUGAAUUAGCUUGAGCAAUUUCAUAUGUAUCACCAUACUCACAAAUACUUGCUGAAAAUAUCAUUUAUUACUCAUUUUCUCCUCUUAAAUUCACAUGUAUUUUAUCAUGCAUGACUGGAGAUCUGGGAUUAUGCAAAUUUGGUAGCUAAAUCACUGCCUGGCAGACAGUUUUGCCAAAAAUUGUGGGGAAUAGAAAGUCAGUUCUGCUAUGUCUAAGAAACAGUAGCAUCUUUCCUUAUUCACCAGGCUCUCCUACCCAGGACAGUUUACUUUAGCCAUAUGCUAAUGUGUUGGAUGUUGUCCUAACAUGAAACUCACUGAAACCAAGGCAUUACGAGGAACUAAACAGCCAUACACAGAGGAAUGUGUGUAAUUUGUUGUUGAUAAGCCACAGGGUGCUACUUGUUCACUGUGUACACUUACGUUUCAAGACAAGAUUAUUUUUUUGAUGAAAGGUGGACAUAUUCAUGUUCUUGUUGUUAGGGUUUUGCUGCUUUUAAUUUUCUAAAAUAUAUUUCAUAUACAUCGACAAAAUUUCUAUUAAAUAAAGAAUUCACAGUUGGCAAUCUCUCAAAGGCUCAGAGAAACAUCUGCUUAGAUUUAUCUUCUCUUCUGGGAAUGUCUUCUCUGUAGUGUCAGGCCAUCAACAAAAAGCAGGUUCAAGUAGACUAUGUAUUAACUGACAGGUGAUUCUGUUCACCUCAGGGAAAGUUUGAAUAUGCCAAUUGAUUAUGUUUCUGACAGCAAUGUGGGUGGGGACACUCUUAAUUCCUAUGGCAUUAAAAAAAACUUAUUUAUGUAAUGGAAGAAAUGAAAAGAAUGACACACAAUUAGAAAGCGUGGUGAGAAAAUUUGCCUUUAGAAGUGAGUAGACAAACAAAAAUUUGGCCUGAGCUUGUUUGCAAGCUUCACAUUUGAUUCGCUGUGAUCGAAGUUAACUUUAGUACACAAGCCAUAGAGUCCAGAUUUUUACCAUUAAGUUUCUCUGAGUUGGUGUUGCACAAGACGUGACAGUAGCAUAUACUUCCAAGACAACAGUGUUUGCUUAUACCUUCUCAAAACUGGGCGUUAACCUCAUCUCCUGCAGGCUUUACGCCUUCAGUACUGCACACUUUUGGCACCGUGAGCUAUGGUCUCACGGCUCCCUACUGUCAUCCAUACUCAUCCUCAGCCCUUUCCCUUCAAAUAGGCACCAAGGUGUGCUUUCCUACCAAAACCAUUGGACUCCUCACUACCUCACUAACACACCUCUUGUCUCACUUUAUCCUGAGCUGAGGUGUGAUGUAGUGAGUAGUGGGUUUUGGACCAUUCUCUGAGGCAAGUAGCAGUUGUGGUCUCUGACUGCAGGUUUUGACAAAUACUAGGAUUCAUUUUACCCUACUGUUCUUGCAUAAGAACUGCAUGUGGAGCCCAAAGAAUCUGGGGAGGCUCCCUGGUGUGCCAUUUGUCGUGCUACAAAUUGUCUGGUUUGAGGUGGUUUGGGAUCACCAACUACAGGUUAGUCUAGGGUGACCUGAGGUGGGAAUGCCCAGGACUUUCCCUGUUAGGUUACAUGGCCUUGGUUAGUAGCACUUAACCUGCUGGGAAGCUGUAGCAGUGGAGUCAUUGCAGACACACUUUCUUACCUUUCUCUUGUACCUCCUGGGGCUCCUGGCGCAGAAGGCACCUGUUGAGGCACCUCAGGUCCUGAAUGGUCACAGACUUACACUGUGUGACUUUUUCCCUAAAGGUGACCCAGAGCAUAGCAGCAAAGGCUUAGCUUUAGAGACUUCAAAGGGGAACAGAUUUCACCUUGUGGUCCUUCAGCAGUCAACAGCUUAAGCCUCCAUAGCUGCCUUGGGUGAUUUCUGUUGUUUAUGUGCAUUCAACAACUAACAUAGUAGAUAAAAGGAAGCAUCCCUAAUAUUGUAAUAGCUGCCCUGAUGAGGAACAACUGAGAGAUGCCAAUCAGUUUUGUUCAGAGCAUUCCUCAGAUUUAUCCUCUCAUCAGCCAUAUCAAUUGCUAGCUAUAGUUCCUAAAUGUAUGUUAGAAAUAAGAAGUGGGAGCUACAUCAAGGCAUCAGAACUUGUAUAUUUUUCCAAAUCUUAUGGUAGCUUUGCAUUAAACAACUUGAUUUCAUUCAGAUAAAUUUAUGUAAAUUGUUUAUUAAGCUACAUGUUAAUGUUUCCGUGACAGAGUCUUUUGUAUUUCAUUAAAAAAUAGAUAAAUGUUUGAUUGUUAACUUUUCAGCUUUGGGACAGUUCUCUCCCACAGCUCUGAGAGACUCUCCAGUUAUAAGAUCUACUGAACCUUUCAAAUCUUGGCUGGUUUACAGCGACUGGUGUGUAAUAAAGACUGUAUCAUUCUGUUGUUAAACGAUAUAAGCAACAUGUGCUUGAGGUCGGUACCUUUUCUCUAAUUGACUGCAAUUUGAAGAAAAUCAGGCAUGGGUUCAGUACUUUUUUUAGUGUUUGGUCUAGCAAAGUGUUUAGCACUUUUUGCAGUGAUUUUCCUGGGAGAAACAUGUCCAGGAUUUAGAUGGGGAUCUAGAUUAGCAUAUUUCAGGAUAUAACUCUGAAAUUGCACACUAUUUAUUUUUAAGAGCACUGUUACUUUGUGUAGGGAAAAGCACAAUUAUUAUAAAUGUAGAUAAAAUAAAGGAAGAGCGUUUACAGAGAGCUUCAUUCCUGCACAGUACUAUUGCUACUGAGUGUAUGUAAUACAAUUUAUGUGGUUUAAAAUAUUGAUAUGUAUUCUGUCAGAAUUGUCAUGUUUGACACUGUUAAUAUUAUUUCAAGUACGGCUAUGGGGAUUGUUUUUUUAUUUGUAUAACUGUAAAAUAAAGAAGUUUUUCAUUUU